CGGCGAUGGGCUCUGGGGGCGGGCGGCCUUGGCUUUUGCUGCCUCUCCCAUCGCCGCCAACGACCUGUCACCAGAGUCCGGCGUAAGGUCCGCGAGCGGGACGUGCCGGUGUGGCGGGAUGGACUGGCUGCCUGACCGCGUCCCCUGCAUUCGGCAGGACUGUGAGGAGUGAUGCGCGCGGACGCCCAGAGUCGUUCCAGUUGCCGGAGACCUCGCCUGGGACCGCGUGCUGACCGGGGCUGCGUUCUCGAGCCAGGGCCCGUUUCCUGGGCUUGGAACUGCGCGACACGUCCAGCGGGAGGUCCCCAAGGACAGAAUCGAAAGGUCACAUUUACCUGUCAGUGCUGAGUGACAGCAUCACGACUGGACCCGCAGAGCCCAAACUCGAUCCGUAAUGCCUCCUGCCUGUCUCUUUCAAGAUGGAGGGGAAACCUAUGGGAGAGCCUACUCAAGUGGUGUCUAAAUCCAAACUUUCCACCAGGGUCGAGAGCACAGGACAUUGGCUGGUGGAAGAUCAUGCACGGAUAUGGGAAGUUUUAAAGACAGAGGAGAGCUCGAUUCAGGACUGGGGUGAAGAGGUAGAGGAAGGAGCUGUUUACCAUGUCACCCUCAAAAGAGUCCAGAUUCAACAGGCUGCCAAUAAAGGAGCAAGAUGGCUAGGGGUUGAAGGGGAUCAGCUGCCUCCAGGACAUACAGUCAGUCAAUAUGAGACCUGUAAGAUCAGGACCAUAAAGGCCGGCACCUUGGAGAAGCUUGUGGAGAACCUACUGACAGCUUUUGGGGACAAUGACUUUACCUAUAUCAGCAUCUUCCUGUCAACGUACAGAGGCUUUGCCUCCACUAAAGAAGUGCUGGAACUGCUGCUGGACAGGUAUGGAAACCUGACAAGCCCUAACUGUGAAGAAGAAGGGAGUCAAAGUUCAUCAGAGUCCAAGACGGUGAUCAGAAAUGCCAUUGCUUCCAUCCUGAGGGCCUGGCUGGACCAAUGUGCAGAGGACUUCCGAGAACCGCCUCACUUCCCUUGCCUACAGAAGCUGCUGGACUAUCUCCGCCGGGUGAUGCCAGGCUCUGACCCAGAGAGAAGGGCGCAGAAUCUUCUCGAGCAGUUUCAGAAGCAAGAAGUGGAACCCGACAAUGGGCUUCCUCAUGCCAUCUCCUUCAGCCCGGAAGAGGAAGAGGAAGUGGAGGCUGGGGGCCCAGCUGAGUUCACGUGCUUCUCAGAAGACCUGGUGGCAGACCAGCUGACCUACAUGGACGCGCAACUGUUCAAGAAAGUCGUGCCUCACCACUGCCUGGGCUGCAUUUGGUCUCGAAGGGAUAAGAAAGAAAACAAACACUUGGCUCCUACCAUUCGUGCUACCAUCUCCCAGUUUAAUACCCUCACCAAGUGUGUUGUCAGCACCAUCCUGGGAAGCAAAGAACUCAAAACUCAGCAGAGAGCCAAAGUCAUCGAGAAGUGGAUUAACAUUGCUCACGAAUGUAGAAUCCUGAAGAAUUUUUCCUCCUUGAGGGCCAUCGUUUCAGCAUUGCAGUCUAAUUCCAUCUAUCGGUUAAAAAAGACCUGGGCUGCUGUCCCAAAGGACCGAAUGCUGAUGUUUGAAGAACUUUCGGAUAUCUUCUCAGACCAUAACAACCAUCUGACCAGCCGGGAACUGCUGAUGAAGGAAGGAACCUCAAAAUUUGCAAACCUGGACAGCAGUGUGAAAGAAAACCAGAAGCGGACACAGAGGCGACUCCAGCUCCAGAAAGACAUGGGCGUGAUGCAGGGCACCGUGCCCUACCUGGGCACCUUCCUGACCGACCUGACCAUGCUGGACACGGCUCUUCAGGACUACAUCGAGGGUGGACUGAUAAACUUUGAGAAAAGGAGAAGGGAAUUUGAAGUGAUCGCCCAAAUAAAGCUCUUACAGUCUGCCUGCAACAGCUAUUGUAUGACCCCGGAUCAGAAGUUCAUCCAGUGGUUCCAGAGGCAGCAGCUCCUCACAGAAGAGGAGAGCUACGCCCUCUCGUGUGAGAUCGAAGCAGCUGCUGAGGCCAACACCACCUCGCCCAAGCCUCGGAACACCACCUCGCCCAAGCCGCGGAAGAGCAUGGUGAAGCGGCUCAGCCUACUGUUUCUGGGGUCGGAUGUCAUCACCAGCAGCACGCCCACCAAGGAGCAGCCCAAGUCCACGGCCAGCGGUAGCUCGGGCGAAAGCAUGGACUCGGUCAGCGUGUCGUCCUGCGAGUCAAACCACUCGGAAGCUGAGGAGGGCUCCAUCACUCCCAUGGACACACCCGACGAGCCGCAGAAGAAGCUCUCGGAGUCUUCCUCGUCAUGUUCCUCUAUCCAUUCCAUGGACACGAAUUCCUCAGGGAUGUCGUCCUUAAUGAAUCCCCUCUCCUCUCCUCCGUCCUGCAACAACAACCCUAAGAUCCACAAGCGCUCCGUCUCUGUGACGUCCAUUACCUCGACAGUGCUGCCUCCUGUUUACAACCAGCAGAACGAGGACACCUGCAUCAUCCGCAUCAGCGUGGAGGACAACAACGGCAACAUGUACAAGAGCAUCAUGUUGACGAGCCAAGAUAAAACCCCCGCUGUGAUCCAGAGAGCAAUGUUGAAGCACAAUCUGGACUCGGACCCAGCUGAGGAGUACGAGCUGGUGCAGGUCAUCUCGGAGGACAAAGAACUUGUGAUCCCAGACUCAGCAAAUGUCUUUUACGCCAUGAACAGCCAAGUGAACUUUGACUUCAUUUUACGCAAAAAGAACUCCAUGGAGGAACAGGUGAAACUGCGGAGCCGGACCAGCCUGACCUUGCCCAGGACAGCUAAACGGGGCUGCUGGAGUAGCAGGCACAGCAAAAUCACCCUCUGAGGGGGCCAGGGGCCUUUGCUUGCCAACGGCCUUGUGGGGCUGAGAAAAGGCCAUGUAACUGAAACGACCAUCCAGUGUUACGGGAGCAUCAGUGAAGUCAACCGUAUUUAUUGAUUACCUGCAGUGCACAAAGCCCCUUGGUGGGCGUCACGGGGAAAUUGGAAAUGAAUUUGACAUGAAAAGGAUGAGUGAGUUCGCUGAUGAACGAUUCUCUUUGACCUAUGUGAGGCUGAAAUGGAAAGUCAUCUGCAUGUAGAAA